AUUAACAAAUCGAAAAGUUAGGUUAUAAUAUUAGAAAUCUCAAAACCCUCGAGAUUAAAAGUUUUGACGCAGUUGUUAUUAAUAAAAAAUUAAAUUAUUUAAUUGAGUUUAACAAAUUAAAUUUCGCGCAGAAUCACACGUUAAAUAAUAUGACAUUUUAUUGUCGAGUACUAUGUUGUGUUGAUUGUUAAGUUUGUAACAUUAACUAUUAAAUUAAUUAUUUACCAAGUUUAAAAAAAUGUUGCUAAAAAGUGUGAAAGUAAGUAGAAUUAUGAAAUUAUUGAUACAAACAAGAAAAAUGCAUCUUUUACACGACAAGACGUACAUUAAUGGCCAAUGGAUUUCGGCUGCUAGUAACAAAAUUUUCGAAGUUCUAAAUCCAGCUGACGGUAGUAUUAUUUCUACUGUACCCGAUAUGGAUAUCGAAGACACGCAAAAAGCAAUCGAAUCCGCCGCAAACGCUUUCGAAACUUGGAAAAACACAACACCAAAAGAACGUUCGUAUUUUUUAAGAAACUGGUACAAUCUACUGAUAAAAAACCGCGAUAAUUUAGCAAAAAUCAUAACAUUAGAAUCUGGAAAACCACUUCCCGAAGCCCUAGGAGAAGUAAAUUACGGUAACAGUUUUGUAGAAUGGUUUUCAGAACAAGCUAGAAACGUUCGAGGUGAAAUAAUACAAAGUUCUACUACGACAAAAAAAAUUCUAGUCGAACAUUAUCCUAUAGGGGUGGCAGCUUUAAUAACUCCUUGGAAUUUUCCACACGCUAUGAUAACAAGAAAAGUGAGCCCAGCGUUAGCCGUUGGUUGUACUUGCGUGAUAAAACCAGCCGAAGAUACGCCUUUAACGGCUUUAGCCCUCCUGGAAUUAGCAGAAGAAGCCGGGAUACCUAAGGGGGUUUUAAACAUUGUAACCAGCGGUAGAAAAAACGCACCAAAAAUAGGUAAAUUAUUAUGUGAAAGCCCUUUAGUUGCAGGUAUUUCAUUUACCGGUUCCACUCAAGUAGGGAAGAUUCUUUAUAACCAAUGUUCUGCUGGUGUUAAACGAUUAGGGUUGGAAUUGGGGGGUAACGCCCCGUUUAUAGUGUACAACACAGCUGAUGUGGACAAAGCGGUGGAAGGAGCUGUGAUGGCUAAAUUUAGAAACUGCGGUCAAGCUUGUGUAGCGGCUAAUAGAUUUCUAGUACAAGAAGGAGUGUAUGAUAGUUUCGUGGGGAAAUUAGUGGAUCGAGUUAAGGAUCUUAAACUCGGUUGUGGUUUCGAUAGCGGUGUACGAAUCGGACCUUUGAUAAACCGAGCACAGUUUGAAAAAAUAUCGAAUUUAGUAAGAGACGCCGUGUCUAAAGGGGCUAAAGUCGUGAUAGGGGGUAUACCGGCUCCGAAAAUCGGGGAAUUAUUCUACGAGCCGACUGUCGUCGUUGAUGUUAAUAAAAAUACGAUGUUGUUUUCUGAGGAAAUAUUCGGACCGGUUAUUGGUAUCGUUAAAUUUAAAACAGAAGAAGAAAGUUUGGAUAUAGCUAACGGAACGGAUAGGGGUUUGGCAGCUUAUUUCUAUUCGGAAGAUAUCAAGCAGAUAUUUAGGGUGAACAGGAGUUUGGAAGCAGGGAUGAUUGGGGUUAACGAGGGACUCAUUUCGACAGUCGAAGCUCCUUUCGGGGGUAUCAAAGAGUCAGGAAUUGGUAGGGAAGGUUCACAUCGCGGCGUCGAGGAGUAUACUUACAUCAAAUAUACUUGUAUUGGUAAUUUGGAAUGAAUUAAUAUCAAUUAUUGUUAUACAAGAUGUCCUAAGUGAAAUUUGCAUCUAUUUAUAUAUCAAGUUGUAAUUAGAUUUGAAAAAGAGAUUAAUUUUGAUGUUUAGAGAAGUUAAGUUUGAUGGUAGUCCCUAAUUUCUAAUUUUCAUCCCUUUAACGACGAAAACCAACCCUUAAAAUAACUAAAAUAAUCCAAUUUAUAAGCUGCUUUGGUUAUUUAUACAAACAACAAUAUUAUUUAAAAAUUAAAUAAAAUAAAAGUCAAAUUUAGCCUAUUAAGGGCUCAACUGUUGUGGUAAUUUAUAACUUAUGUUGUUUACCCCUUUAGUAUCCAAAAUAAACCCAUAAAAUACCUAAAAUAACUUAUUUUCUAAGUUGCUUCGAUUACGAAUCCAAAAAACAAAUUAUCUUGAAAAAAAUUAGGUAAUAUCACCCUGUAGAUGGCUUAAUCGUGUAGUUAAUUGAAAAUUCUUUAUUCUUUAUUCCUUUACUAUCCAAAAUCAACCGUUAAAAUUCCUAAAAUAAACCAAUUUUGAAGCUGUUUCAAAUAUCUAUGCAAGUAUCAAUAUUUUACAAAAAUUUAGGGCGUUUUCACCCUACAGAAGGCUCAAUUGUUAUGGUAAUUAGAAAUUUUUUGUUUUUCAUCCCUUCAGUACUCAAAAUCAACCCUUAAAAUAUCUAAAACAUUCCAAUUUAUAAGUGCUUUAAUUAUUCUAAUUUACUCUAUUAAGGGCUCUAUUGUUGUUGUACUUUAUAAUUUAUGUUAUUUACCCCUCUAGUAUUCAAAAUCAACCCUUAAAAUAUCUUAAAUAACUUAUUUUUCAAGUUGCUUCGAUUACCAAUCAGAACAACAAUACAUCUUGAAAAAAUUGAUAAUUUCAGCCUGUACAGUGCUCAAUCGUGUUGUUAAUUGAAAAUUCAUGUUUUCAUCCCCUUAAUACCCAUAAUCAACCUAAAAUAACGUACUUUCGAAGCUGCUUCAUUUACCAAUCAAAACAACAAUAUAUAUAUAUAUAUAUAUAUAUAUAUAUAUAUAUAUAUAUAUAUAUAUAUAUAUAUAUAUAUAUAUAAUACUUCAAAUAACACAUUUUCGAGAAAAACAUUUCAAUUUUAACCAAACCUAGAAUAAAUCUUAGAACAUCUGAUAUCAACAUGAAAAUCGAUGUUACCGGGUGCUUACAAUAAUUUUGUUUUCGAUUUAUGUUAUAAUUAAAUACAAAAUUGUAAUUCAUAUAAAGUCUAGAACAAAUCUGGGAUUAUUUGAAAUCGAUAUUGCUUCUGAUAUUACUGGGGGCUUACAAUAAUUUAUAAUUAUAAAUAUUGUUCUAGUUUUAUUUUAGUCGAAUCACGUGAUAGCUUGUAGACACCUAAUUACAUUAAUUUUUUUCCAAAUAUUAAUUGUUAGGAAUGUAGUGAUAUAAAUAUGAAAAUACGUCUUCCAAAAAUGUCUUCCAAAAUGUAACUCGCAAUAUUAUACCCGGUUGUUCAAAAAGUUUUGUCGAUCGGUAACGGAAACGCGAUUUCUAAUUUGAAAAUUUUUAUUAUUCACUCACACUAUAUUACGCAUACAUGGCUGUUCGAUGAAAAUAAUUUCCCAAGUUUCUUUUUAAUGUAACAGUCAACGUGAAUCAAGUCCAGUUAAUUUUUUUUUAAUUUGAAUUUUGAAUUUUUCGCGAAAUUUCCCCAAAAUCACCUCAAAUUUGGAUAGAGACAUUACAGAUUGAGUCGACAUGUCGACCGUGUACGAUAAACGAUUAUUAAAUCGCUCGAAUGGCGCUUUCAGUACUCGUAGAAUCAUCGAUUAUUUUCGAAUCUCUCAUAAUAAACGAACGGGUUGUCGAAGUGAUUUUUCGAACAACGAAAAGUGACAGACAAAAAACAUCGCGAAUCAUGUCGUAUUUCGAAUGAUUUACAUAGCUGUUAAUCUGUGAAGAGAUAUAAUCGAAAAUAAUCGAUUACAAAAUCGCUCGAAUGACGCAUUCGGUACUCGUAGAAUCAUCCAUGAAAUACGAACGGAUUGGCAGAUUGACUUUUGAACAGUGACGAAACUUAUUGAACAAUUGUUUAUUUUAAAUUUCCUGAAAAAUUCUGUCAAAUAAACACGUUUUGACAGUUGUCGUUUCUCUUGACAGAAUUUUCUUGAAAAACUUAUAAUUAAGUAGAAAAAUUGUUAGUAAAAUAAUCGAUUCCAUAAAUAAAUGACAUACGUC